CCCAAAUUCAAAACACUUCCCCAGAAAAUUUCCGGUUCUCUUCUCCGAAAUUAGGGUUUUGGUGUUUGCUUCUGCUUCAAUUACCAAGGUUCGCGUUUCCUCCGCUCAAACCCGAUGGCUGUCAAUGAGGAUCAAGCAGAAGGCUCUAUACCUUCCAUUAUUCUCGAGUCUCUUGUAUCUUCCCAGAACGGUGCUUCUCUUAACACUGAAGACAUUGCUUGGGCUGAUUCGUGCCUAGUCAAAGACCCCAAUAUUUCAGCUGGUGACUGGAGCUCUAUCAAAGAUGCAUUGCUAGAAGUCCUUAGCCUAGUACCCGAAUCAUCGGACUCCUUGUAUGGAGCGAUGAAUGAUGAUGGCUAUGUUGGGGGGACUAAUGAUUUCCAGAUGCUUCCUCCUGUUGAAGCUGUGGUGAUUGAGCAGCCUUCUCCGAGCAGUGAUGAUAAUUCUCGUGUGACAACUGGUGAUGAACCAAACCUGAACAUCGAGGCUGUGCUAUCGAAGGAGGAAAUGGAUGUCUUGUACUCCCUACAUUUUCUGAGUCAAGAUCCUGAGACUUUCAAUGGCGAUUGGAAUUCUAUGAAGGACGCUGUGGAGCGAAUACUUUCAUUGCGCCCUAAAGAGAAUGGGAGCACGGUGACACUUCAUGAGGCCGAGGAUGCACAAUCUUCUGCAGGAGCAGAUCGAGAUUUUGAUGAAGAAACAAUAAUGAAACCACAACAUGCCGACAGUGAUUUUGCAGAAAGUUUCCAGGUGGCUACCUUGAAUGAUAACCCUAAAGAAUCUGAGCAGAGUGGUUUACUACCAGCUGAUGCAACCAGUUCAGCAGAAGAUGCAGGAGUUACAAGUAGCGAGAUCUUCAAGUUGUGGGAUUUGGGAAUUCCUGCUGAUGAAGAAGAGGAGGAUGACGAGUUAAUAAAAAAACUGAACAAAGCUCUCUCAGAUAGUUCGAUUCAGUCGAUUGCACCGGUAGUUGAUGAUUCAGAGACAAUGCGAGAUUUGAAAGAAGGUGCACUUGAUUAUCUUAUUGCCGGCAUUGGAGACUUAUCCAUCAAGCCGCAUUCUGGUUAG